UAAUGGGUUAGUUUUUGUCAUAACCAAUCACCCAAAAAUUACAUGAAUAGUAGUCUAAUGCAAUUCUAUACUGCCAUACUGCGUCAAUGCAAGGUUAGUGUGUAAUAUUACAAUGUAGGUUGGAGACUUUAAAUGGAAGAUGCGCACAUUAUGAAAGUAGAUUUUAGAGAAGAUAUAUCAUUAUUUGCUGUUUUUGAUGGACAUGGUGGUGCUGGAAUUUCAAAUUACUUGGCUGAUAAUUUUCUAGAAGCUCUUGUUCAACAACCUUCAUUCAUAGGUGAAGAUUACACUUAAGCCUUACAUGAUUGUUUUAUACAAUUAGAUGAAAUGAUCAAAACUAAUGUGGCUAAAAGUAAUCAUAUUAUUCCUACAUUCAUUUUUAGAUACAUUUAUUGGUUCAACAGCAGUUGUGGCUUUGGUAGUCUAGAAAACUCUAUAUGUUGCCAAUUUAGGGGAUUCUCGUUGUCUUCUGAUGCGUGAUGAUGAAACUAUUGAAUUAACUAAAGAUCAUCUUCCAUGUAAUGAAUUGGCUAGGAUCAGAUUUGCAGGAGGAUUUGUUAAUGAAGAAGGACGUCUCAAUGGAACACUUUCAGUUUCACGUGCUUUUGGUGAUUUCGAAUUCAAAUAGGAACCAUUACCUGCCAAUUAACAAAUGGUGAUUGCUGAACCUGAAAUAAGAAAGAUUAAAUUGAAUAAAGAAGACAAGUAAGACUUAUUGCUAUGAUUUAGAUUCCUAUUUCUUGGUUGUGAUGGAUUAUUCGAAACAAUGAAUAGUUACAAAGUGAUGUAAUUUAUAGGAGAACGAUUAGAAAGGGGUAUGGAACCACCAUUAAUACUUGAAAAGUUGCUCGAUUCUUCUUUGGCUAUCGAUACUUCUACUGGUUAUGGAUGUGACAAUAUGACUGCAAUGUUAAUAUUGUUACACAUCUGAAU